GUCAUUUCCACCAUCUAACGAUGCUUCAAUGAUGCCAAGUCCAAGACGGGGAAAACGGAAUCCUCGCUUUUCCUCUCCAGGACAACAGUUUUCACCUGGUGGCCAACAAAAUUCCUUCCAUCAGUCGCCUUACAAUAACGGAGGAGGCCAACAGUCUCCCUAUAAUAACAGAGGAGGCCAACAGUCUCCCUAUAAUAACAGAGGUUUUGGGACUCCAAAUAGACAGUCAGGUGGACGCGGGCGGGGCCGUGGACGUGGACAAGGGUGUCAAUAUGGGGACUAUCAGAGAGAUGUCCAACAGUUCAGUCCCAACUACCGGUCUAUGAGUGGAGGUUAUGGAGGCUCCUCACCGAAUUGUAGUUUUGACCCUAACCUGAAAAGAAGAAUGCACCCACAAGGUAACGGACUCUACCACCCGUCUAUGGCAACUGAUCCGUGGGAAGGGUUAUCAUCUGAGGAUAAACCUAUGUUCAAGGCUGCAAACUACAUCAGCGAAAGUUAUUUGAGUUACUGCGCUAAAUUGCAAACGAAAUCACGUGAACGCACAUUUGAGGAUGAUUGGAAGACAUCGUCUGAUUCCACAACUACACCCUCAGUAUCUCAGUUAGCAGCAAAUGUCUCCAAACUCUAUGACUCAUUUGUCUCUAGUAAUUCUGAAAGUAUUCCUGGAAAACUAAAAGAACAUCGGAAUGACGAUAGGCCUACUAAAAUCCAAAAAACUGAAACCAGUAUAAAAAAUACUGAAACGGCUACAGAAACUUUGAAUGUUGAAGAAGGAGAAAAGAAAGUAAAAGAGGAUGACGAAUUUUCUGAUGACGGAAAUUUGAUGUUUUGAUCUUCAUUUAUUUAAAUGUUUCACUGCCUAUGACUUGAUAGAUAACAGACACUUUUUCCGUAUCAAAUCUGUGAAUUUUAAUUUUAGUCAGGAUGUAAAACACAUUAUAAAACCUUUUAUAAUGUUUAUGCCUUUUACAACUUUCUUUUUAUUAUAUAAUAUUAUUAUUAUCAACUGAAAUAUAGGAGAACAUAAACGUGGAUGCGACAGAAUUUUAGCACUAAAGAAAAGUUUUGAAAACUGGGAUUCGAAAUUGAAUUAUAUUUUAAACUGUUUAACAUUUGAAAUAUUUUAUCAUUCUGC